AUGGUUCUGAACCAGUUUCUCAAGCACAGGAUUACGCAGUACUAUGGACUGCUGUCCCUGCUGACUGCGGGCGGGGAGUACGUCUUCUGGGUGGGGGUGUUCUCCUGCCCCUGCAGCAACACCUGGAACCAACUUUAUGGCUUCGUCUUCCUUCUGGUCCCGGCGCUGGCGCUCAUCCUGCUGGGAUUUGUGCUGAGCUUGACUUGGACAGCGACAGCGCUGCUUGAAGGAACCUUCUUCGAAUGCGCUGCUAGCGGGACCGCGUUCAUCAAAGAGCGCCUGUGCGGGGACCUCGACCCCAACUGCAAGGCCCAGCUACCGCUAGUGCCCUGAGGUCUGGUCAAGCCGUUGGAAGUGCAGGAACUUCUCCUAAAGCUGAGGGCUCUGUCUCAGGUUGGCGUCCAUUGGAAAGAGGGAGGGAGAGGGGAAGGGGCAAGGGUCUAUGAUAGCAAACACAUGGAGCCAAGAGAAACUUUCUUCGGCCAGGAGAAAGUCAAAGAAUUGUUUCGACAAAAUGUGUCUCCCUUUCUGGAAAGCCAUAACCCAUGCUUCCCAGCUUUAAGUAAAGCCCAGAGGAUCUUUGAAUUGAAUUUUCCUUUCAUGGAAGAUGCAGACGAUCCACAACUCCUAGCUGGGGUUCUUCUCGUCGUUCUGAUUUUUGCAUCUGUUUCCCAAUACCUAUGUCCAGUUAGAUUUCUGCAGCUGAAAUUCAGGGAAAUCUAUGUGGAGCAGGAGCAGAGUUGUUUGACUGAAGCUACAGAUCAUGCAAUCAAAUUGGCAAAUGAGAAUGUUAAAUGUUUCUUUGAAGACUCAAGUCCAAAGGAAAUCAACACUCCCAUCAGUAAAGCCUGGAAGCAAAUUUUAUCACUCUAUACUUUCAAUCUAUGCAUGUUGCACAAGUGUGCUAACAGAAAUGAGAAGAGUCACAGCAGCUCUGCAAGACAAUCCCUUAUUUCUGGUGAUUAUUGUGUAGAUACCCAGUUAAAAGGUGAAGUUAAACCAUUCACUCAAAGUGACAGACUGGAACUGGAACAACUAGAGAACAGGAAAGGAGGCAAAGCAUGCAAUUUUUGGAAUCUGGAAAACUGUUGGCGAGUGGUAAUUGGCCAAACAGACCUGAGAAAUCUAAAUCCCAAUCCAGAACUGGAGAAAGUGAAGAAGAACUAUGGUUAA